AUGUUUGCGAACUCGCGAUCUAAUCAAGCAAAUAAUGGUUAUUUAGUUGAGUUCAAGGCCGGCCGAUCAAAUUUGCAAGCAGGCUCGACGGUGGACAGACGAAAGGUUGUGGCUGAUAAAACGAAAGGAUUAGUUUUCAUCAAGCAAUCUAGUGAUCAACUCAUGCAUUUUUGCUGGAAAAAUCGUGAAACUGGAGCGGUUGUGGAUGAUUUGAUCAUUUUUCCUGGUGACACAGAAUUUUUACGAGUAAAGGAAUGUACGGAUGGUCGCGUCUAUAUGUUGAAAUUUAAAAGUACGGAUGAGAAACGUCUAUUCUGGAUGCAAGAUGGUAAAACUGAUAAGGAUGAUGAAAAUUGCAAAAAAGUAAAUGAAACGUUAAAUAAUCCUCCAGCUCCACGAGCAGCAGCACGCGGAGGAACUGACCGUGCUAGUGCUUCAUCGUUCGGCACUUUAGCAGCUUUGGGCAGUACGGGUGCGGAUGGUGAACUUGGAGCACUAGGAAAUCUAGAUCAAAGUCAACUGAUGCAAUUACUUUCACUUAUGAAUCAUACAAACGGCACAUCAGCUAGUGAAGCAACCAAUCUUUUGCCGCAACUUCCACUUGUUACCGAUGCGCCUCAUCCAGUAACAUCAGAAGAAAGCGAAGCAACAUCCACACAGGGAGCAACACCAUCCAAUACACCUGCGAAUGGGGCUGUUGCCAGCAGCUCGUCAAAUAACACAGUGCAAUUGUCGCAGUUGAAAGAAAUUAUUGCAAGUAUAACGCCACCUGAGGGAUCCGGAAGAAAAAUUCCAAUUGAUUUCACUGAUGUGCUCUGCUGUGCUGACAAAAUCAACGAUGUUCUGGUGAAAUAUACUGAACGACUAACUCCUCAUUUGCCCAAUCAAGAGCCCAUCUACAAUAAGCAAGAAGAACUGGAACAAACACUUCGUACACCGCAAUUUCGACAAGCAGCUGAUAUUUUCGGUCAUGCGUUGCAGAGUGGACAGCUUGCACCAGUAUUGCGACAGUUCGGCAUUGAUGGAAAUACAGCUACAGCUGCCGGAAGUGGAGACAUGAUUGCAUGGGCGACACAGUUUACGGCGAGCGAGAGUGGUAAGGAAAAAGCUGCAGCGAAAAUCGAGACUUUAUCCCAUCCUGGCAUGGAAUCAGAUGUUGAAGAUGAAGAAACCAAUGAAAAGGCUGUUCGCGAAGCGGAGAAUAAAUCUGACGACCACAUGGACCUCGAUUAA